AUGAAGACCGUGGUCAUGCUCGCUGCUGUCCUCCUUGGGCUCUUUUCCUCCUCGCAGGCUCACAUGGAGAUGAAGAGCCCCCCGCCCCUACGCUCCAAGUUCAACCGCUUCACUACGGAUCAGGACUACGACAUGACAUCGCCUCUCUCGUCGGGCGGCGCUGAUUUCCCCUGCAAGGGCUCCCUCAAGCUUCUGGGCACGUCCCAAGGCCAGGCCGUGGCCGAGUGGACUGCCGGCCAGCCAAACAGCAUGACCAUCACGGGCAACACGCCGCAUAGUGGCGGCUCCUGCCAAGCAUCCCUCUCGUUUGACAGCGGCAGCACGUGGAAGGUCAUUCACUCUUACGUCGGCGAAUGCCCCGUCAUGGGCGACUCGAGCUACCAGUUCACCCUGCCGAGCGACACGCCGGCUGGCCAAGCCCUCUUUGCCUGGUCCUGGUUCAACAAGGUCGGCAACCGCGAGAUGUACAUGAACUGCGCCGUCAUCACCAUCAAGGCCGCCGGCAACUCUGUCCUGGGCAACAGCAGCCGCCCCAACAUGUUUGUCGCCAACGUCGGCAACGGGUGCGGCACCACCGAGGGGUUGGACCUCAAGUUCCCGAAUCCGGGCCCGGAUGUCGACAUGAAGUCGGACCGGACGACGCCCCCCGUCGGGCAAUGCUCCAACUAG